UUUUUUCCCCCUUCAGGACACCCGAGCCUGAAGGCCGUGUGUUCUGUUGUCGUGUCGUUUAAAAACGUGAAUGUCUGCACUUGCUCGCUCAGGAACGCCGUGUGAGGCGAUGCGGAGCCGUGUCCCGAAGCCGGACGUCGACCUGGCCGCGCCGCCCGCGCUCUGAGCUGCGCACCGAGGGGAGGACGAGGCGUGCUGUGCUGCGGAUCCCGCUGCCUGCGCCGCGCCUGGCAGUAGCAGCAUGAGUUCGGAACGGGACUCGGAGACCACUUUUGAUGAGGAUUCCCAACCUAAUGACGAAGUGGUGCCAUACAGUGAUGAUGACACAGAGGAUGAGCUAGACAGCCAGCAGCCUGCCGUUGAACCAGAGCAAAACCAAAUCAACAGGAGCACCAAGGAGAGCCAGGAGCCACUGAAAAAAGACUGCAGCUGGCAAGUUAAAGCAAAUGAUCGUCACUUCCAUGAACAGCCCCAGUUUAAGAGAAAAAUAUUUCUGUGCUUCAAAAAAAGCAAAUAUGCUGGAAAUGCAAUUAAGACGUACAAGUACAACCUUGUCACUUUUUUACCACUGAAUCUAUUUGAACAGUUUAAAAGAGCAGCCAACACCUACUUUCUAGUACUACUCAUUUUGCAGGCAAUUCCCCAGAUAAGUACUCUGUCAUGGUAUACAACGCUGGUGCCCUUACUCUUGGUGCUGGGAAUAACUGCGGUCAAAGACCUAGUGGAUGACAUAGUUCGUCACAGGAUGGACAAUGAGGUUAAUAAUAGAGCAUGUGAAGUCAUCAGGGAAGGAAGGUUCAAAAGCAUGAAGUGGAAAGAUAUUAAAGUUGGUGAUAUCAUUCGUCUGAAGAAGAAUACUUUCGUUCCUGCUGAUAUUUUGCUGCUAUCCAGCUCAGAACCAAACAGUCUCUGCUACGUAGAGACAGCUGAACUAGAUGGUGAGACAAACUUAAAAUUUAAAAUGGCCCUUGAGGUAACAGACAGGUAUCUUCAAGAGGAGAAUGCGAUGGCAGACUUCAAUGGUCUGAUUGAAUGUGAAGAACCUAACAACCGACUGGAUAAGUUCACAGGAACAUUAUUCUGGAGAAACAGGAGCUAUGCAUUAGAUGCUGAUAAGAUCUUAUUACGUGGAUGUAAAAUUAGGAAUACAGAUUUCUGCCAUGGGGUUGUCAUAUUUGCAGGUGCUGAUACAAAAAUAAUGAAAAAUAGCGGAAAGACAAAAUUUAAAAGGACAAAAAUUGACUCCCUUAUGAAUUACAUGGUUUACACUAUCUUUGUUGUCCUCAUCCUGCUUUCGGCUGGCCUCGCCAUCGGGCACACCUACUGGGAGCAGCAGAUUGGCAACUCAUCUUGGUACCUCUACGAUGCACAGGACUACAGUCCUCCGUACCGCGGCUUCCUUAACUUCUGGGGCUAUAUCAUUGUUCUGAACACUAUGGUUCCCAUUUCUCUCUAUGUGAGCGUCGAAGUGAUUCGUUUGGGCCAAAGUUAUUUUAUAAACUGGGACCUGCAAAUGUAUUACCCUGAGAAGGACACGGCUGCAAAGGCCAGAACCACCACUCUGAAUGAGCAGCUGGGGCAGAUCCAUUAUAUCUUCUCCGACAAGACAGGAACUCUCACACAGAACGUCAUGACAUUUAAAAAAUGCUGCAUAAAUGGCCAAAGAUACGGGCAAACAAUGAAGCGGAAUCUUCCAAAUAGAAAAGUCAGAAACGAGUAAUUUACAGACUGCUUUCUUUUAUUAGAAAUGCUCUGGCAGAGUUAAUCCAAGGAACAACUAAGAAAGUGUGGUAAGAGCAGAAGCUUUUCAUUUUAAUGUUAGUUCCUUCUGUUUAUGAGUUUGUCUGUAUUUGGAAUAACGCAGUGAUGUUCUCCAUAACAGAACCACUGUUUGUCAGUGCAAACAACAGAGUGUGCUUCUUAAACAUCUGACCUCCAAGUUAAGAAGAAGGAUUUCUGACAGUGAAGGCUCUGUUAAAACAACAAGGAUGUUUUAUGACACUUGUACAAGAUGCCUUUUUUCUAAUUUUUCUGGUAUCACUGACAUAGUGAUACCAGCAUAGGCAGGUAUAGCCACCAGAAUAAAAGGUACUGAUGAUAUGAAUGAAU